AUGGUGAUAGCGCAGAGUCUACCGCUAAACGGGCGCAGUGCUCAAUUCAGUGCCGUACCACACCAGAGCAAAGCAGCCUACGCGUUUCGGGUCCAGACUCUCAGAUAUCUUGCCCCUACGCUCACAGAUAAUACAUCGGUGUACAUAGACGACUCAGUGGCAACCCUACGGAUGCGACAUCUUGGCCGGAGCGUUAUCGCGGGAGGUUUCUUGUCGACAAAGUUUCGCGAGGGCUUCAGCGCAGGCAGGCUUGGCGCGUACGACGAUACGAUCAGCACGAUAUCCUCGAGCAGCUUUUCCUGCAUCUCUCUUCCUAGGGUGAAACUUGUGAUACGGCCAACGCUCCCCAAAGAUACCCUCUCCUUACCAGCUCCCUUUCUCUUACUCCCCUGUGUCAAGAAAUGCCCUAUCUUCGCAUUCGCCGUUCUCCCGACAUCAGACACUCUGCACGUCUCUGAAACUCGGUACGCUCUCCUUUGGUGA